AAUGUUGAUAUUUUUUGGUACACCAGCAAAUUUCUCACAAUCUGAUAUAAUUGAUGCUAUAGUUUUGGCAGAUUCCGUUACAGAUAAUCCUUAUUCUUUUAUAAAUUGGUCUGGCGAUGUUAUUGUAGUAGAAUAUGAACUUUAUAAACCUACACCAGAAGGUGAAAAUGAUUGUCCUCAAGGAUCACAGAGUGACCCACAUUUACAUCAAAAUAUUGUUGAUUCAAAAACCUCAAAGCUUUAUCAAAUCUCUUAUGAUGUUGUUGGCCAAUCUGGCCAAUCAGUUUUUCUUCUGAGUGAUAAAGAUUUGAAGGUGAAGGUUGAAGGAAUUCUAAAACAUGAUUAUUCCAUGCACGAAGUCUUGAUAACAAUUAAUGGUAAAGUAAUUAAAAUUAAAACAUAUGUUGUAAUUUUUUCAAAUGAAAUUAUUGAAUGGAAUUAUAAUAAGAAACCAAAAGUCACUAAAUCUGAACAAUAUUUUCUUAUGUUAUCCAAAAAUAAAAUUGAAAUAUCUUUAAGAAAGAAUCUUACAAAUCUAAAAAUACUAAUUUUAAAAGAAGACAAAUCCUUGUUGGGUCCUUUUCUAAAUGUCCAAUUUAACAAUGUCAACAUUUUGACUACCAUCUAUGGAGGACUAAUUGGAGAUAUUGGAAGAAAAAAUGUCAAUGUUAUUCCAUCUGCUCAGGAUUAUACUAGGGCUAUUUUUGAUAUUGAUGGAAAGACUUUAAGAAACUAA